AUGAACUCUUUCCGGGCCUUGCGGAGGACUAUUCAAGGACCAGCGCAGGCGCACAAGCGAGCGGUGACUUUUGGUAUCACAACCGCCACUCGUCCUUCUUCAUCUCACAUUACGACUCACUUACCGAACUCACCACAAUCCCCAUCGAAUCAAAAUAUUGAAGCCAAAAAGACAAUGGACUACCAAGACUGGACCAAAGAACGGCUCCUGGAGCGAGUCAAGGAACUGGAAGCUCAGCUUAAAACUCAGUCCCAACCACCACAACAACCCACACCAGUACUCCAGCCCCCAGCAGCAGCAACGCCAACAAUAACAACAGAAGAAGGCGAACCCCCCAAAAAGAAACAAAAGAAAAAGCCCACCGGCAUCGACCCCUCCCGCUACAGCACCCGCCUCAUCGCCCUCAAGCUCUCCUACCUGGGGAAAAACUACGGCGGCUUCGAGCACUCGGGCUACAGCAACGUCCCCUCCAUUGAGGAAGAGCUCUGGAAAGCGCUUGUCAAAGGCUGUCUCAUCACCCCGGCCGACCCGUCCAAAAUCGACUUUGCGCCGUUCGAGUACAGCAAAUGUGGACGGACGGACAGGGGGGUGAGUGCAUUUGGGCAGGUGAUUUCCAUUCGGGUGAGGUCGAAUAGACCCCCAUCUAAACCGGAACAACCAGCGGAGGAAGAUGUAGUGAUGGAGGGGACACCAGAGCAAAACAACACCCCCCAGCUGCCAGGAAAGAAGCAACAGCGAAAACCCCAAAAAGAGUGGGAGGAUAUUGUGGAUGAAAUCAACUACCCCAAGGUCCUCAACCGUCUUUUGCCUCCUGACAUCAAGAUUCUCGCCUGGGCGCCGACGCUGCCGGAGGGGUUCUCGGCCAGGUUUAGUUGUUACGAGAGGCAGUAUAGAUAUUUCUUUACCAACCCCUCCAUGGCACCUACUCUUCUUGCUCCAGGGGAGAAGUCAGGGUGGCUUGACAUUGCGGCUAUGAAAAAAGCGGCAAAGUACUUUGAGGGGUUGCACGAUUUUAGGAAUUUUUGCAAGGUUGAUGGUGGGAAGCAGAUAACCAGCUUUCAGAGGAGGAUUUUUGAGUGUGAUAUUGAAGAGGUCGAGGGGCAGGAUUUGGGGGGGGUGAAUUUUUGGGGGGGAGAGAAGAAGGGGAAGGUUUAUUAUUUCCAUGUGAGGGGGUCGGCGUUUUUGUGGCAUCAGAUUAGGCAUAUGGUUGCGAUUGUUUUUAAUGUUGGGCAGGGGUUGGAAAGGCCGGAGGUUGUGAGGGAGCUGUUGGAUGUGGAGAGGAAUGGGAGGAAGCCGGGGUAUAUCAUGGCCGAGGAGGUGCCGUUGGUGUUGUGGGAUUGUGUGUUUCCCAAAAGGCCAGAGAUUGUCACGGGUGAGGGGGAGAGGAAGGUGUUGAGUCGGGGUGAGGAUGAGAGGGCUUUUAUGCAUGAUCCUGAUUUCAAAGGGGAGAUCAAGUUCGAGGAUGAUGGGGUGGACUGGGUUUGGCUUGGGGAGGACCAGCCGGGGAAUUUGAUGGGGAGUAACGGGUUGGUGGAUCAGUUGUGGGAGUAUUGGCAUGAGAGGAAGAUGGAUGAGCUGUUGAGUGGGUUGUUGCUGCAGCAGGUGGCGACGAGGGCGGAUUUGACGAGGAAGCUGGGGAAGGAGGAGACGGCGCCGAAGAAGAACGGAAAAGAAAAUUUGCAGAGGGUGUAUAAGGGGGGGAAUAUGACGAGGUCGUCGGGGGUGUAUGUGCCCGUGAUGAAGAAGGAGUUGAUGCCGACGCCGGUGGAGAUUAACCACAAGUGGGCGCAGUCGAAGGGGUUCAAGGACUCGGAGGAUAUGGCGAAUACCAAGAACUGGAGGUCGGUGAUCAAAGCCAACAAAGCCGCUGACAAGGCGGCGGCGGCUGGUGGUGAGAAGUCAGUGUGA